ACGUCGGCGCGGGACGUCUGCGCCUCUUGGUCUCAGAGCGCCAGAAUCUGGCGGCGAGAGGAAGGCUGUUGUGUAGCGUUUCCGUAGCGCUUUAGGUUUCUGUUUGGAGCCGGUUGUUUAAAAGCCUGGGGUACUUGGGAAGGGGCUGCCGCUCUCAGCCGUGUGGACUCUGACUCUCGGGUCCAAGAUGAACAAAGUCUGUGCUAUUUUCGGGGGCUCCCGGGGCAUUGGCAGGGCAGUAGCGCAGUUAAUGGCCCAGAAGGGCUACCGAUUGGCGAUCGUGGCCAGAAACCUGGACGUGGCCCAGGCCGCCGCCGGUGAGCUCGGCGGAAAUCAUUUGGCUUUUAGCUGUGAUGUUGCUAAAGAACAUGAUGUUCAAAAUACAUUUGAAGAGAUGGAGAAACACUUAGGUCAAGUUAAUUUCUUGGUUAAUGCAGCUGGUAUUAACAGAGAUAGCCUUUUAGUAAGAGCAAAAACUGAAGAUAUGGUAUCUCAGCUUCAGACUAACCUCUUGGGCUCCAUGCUGACAUGUAAAGCUGCCAUGAGGACUAUGAUUCAGCAACAGGGCGGGUCUAUCGUUAAUGUUGGCAGUAUCGUUGGCUUAAAGGGCAAUUCCGGCCAGUCUGUAUACAGUGCCACUAAAGGAGGAUUAGUGGGAUUUUCCCGUGCACUUGCUAAAGAGGUAGCAAGGAAGAAAAUUAGAGUGAAUGUAGUUGCACCAGGAUUUGUCCGUACAGAUAUGACGAAAGACUUGAAAGAGGAACAGUUGAAGAAAAACAUCCCUCUUGGGAGGUUUGGAGAAGCCCUUGAAGUAGCCCAUGCAGUUGUGUUUCUUUUAGAGUCUCCGUAUGUUACUGGACAUGUUCUAGUGGUGGAUGGAGGGUUACAGCUUGUGAUGUAAUUAGAGACUGUUUGUUAUAAUGGUGGUUUGAGUCACUUUGACUAUUGAUUGUAAAUGAUACCUACCUGGGGGUGGCAUGUACUAAUCAAACAUACUGAUUCCACAAAUGUUGAUUCUUAUGUUUAUAUGACUGUCUGAAAAGAACAUUGUGUGACCAGCUGUGUUUCAGCUAAAGGGUGUGUGUCAUCUCCUGUUGAUUACUUGUGGGCUGUACUAAUUUUACCGUGGAGACAUUUUGCAAGGCAUGUAAACAGGUGUUAACUUU